AUGUUGUUCAUGGCAUUGUUAGCAUUAUGUGCGUUUUUGCCUCUGGUCUCGACAGUAACAGUAUCAGCAAGGUAUGGAAAGAUCGAAGGGUUCAUAUCUCGUUACCCAAAUAUUUCUGCCCGUUUCAACUCUGUAAACAAGUUUUUAGGUGUACCGUUCGCCUCUCCACCAGUGGGAAAACUCAGGCUGAAACCGCCACAACCACCCAAGGAAUGGAAACCCCGCGUUCGUCAAGCGAAGGAGCAUGGCGCUCUUUGCAUGCAAGGCAAAGGCCUCGAGUUCUUAACCAAGCUUUUCGCCAAAAACUUCUCUUACAGUGAAGAUUGCUUGUAUCUUGACAUCUACACUCCGAACGUAACCUUGAAUUUACCGGUGAUGGUCUGGAUUCACGGGGGAGGCUAUGAUAGCGGUACCUCGGUCACCUUUCCUGGUGAUAUUUUGUCUCUACAAGGCGUGGUAGUAGUCGUGAUCCAAUAUCGUCUGGGGGCAUUUGGCUUCUUUACAACCGGGGAUUCCGCGGCCCUUGGAAACUUUGGAAUGUUAGAUCAGGUCGAAGCACUGAAGUGGGUCAAAGAAAACAUUGACAAUUUCGGUGGGGACCCCGGCAAGGUUACCUUAUUUGGAGAAAGCGCUGGGGGACUAAGUGUGAGUCUACAUCUUUUGUCGCCCCUUUCCAAAGAUCUUUUCCAUGGGGUCAUUGCGGAAAGUGGCGUAGAUUUAGCUCCCUUUGCAAUUCAACAGCCAUCGAUUGGUGUCCGAAACAGCAAAGAGGUAGCAGAGAAAGUGAAGUGUCCAUCGAGUGAUCACAAAGCCAUGGUUGGCUGCCUUCAGGAGAAAAAAGCUGCUGAUAUACAAAAAGCUUCAGACGCAGUUAACUUUCGGUUUAUCGAUCAGCCGAAAUGGGCUCCAGUUGUGGACAAACACUUUCUCCAUGACACUCCUCGGAAUUUGCGAAAGAAGAAAGAUUUCAAAAUCGCACCGAUCAUGAUCACCUUUAACAGCGACGAGGCUGCAGGUACUCUUGGCUUGAUGGCAAAGCUAUCGUUUGGGCUGACGGAGAGUGUGGACAAUGGAGUGAGUCCGACGUUCUUCAAGACCUUCCUCACAAAACUCGCUAGCGCACGAAUCAAGGAGUAAGUUUACACCUUAUGUUUUUCUACAAAAGAGAAUGUUUUUAACUCUGAAAAUGCAAUCCUAAAUCAUUUUCCGUUUUAUCUCUUGUUCAAAUGCACACGCCAACUAAUCUAAUAAAACUCAAAAAUACCCUUCCAAUUCCCACCCAAUUCUCUACUACUACAUUCAACAAGCCUUUCUUCCAAAUAUCUCAUCUCAUAAAUGGUGAGGCAGAAAAGUUCAAAACAAAGGCAAAGACAAUAACAGUAGAACGGUUAAGAUCCGUAAAUGUUUCCUGUGAUUGGACAUCAAAUUUCCUCGCUCAUCGACUUAUUCAAGAUCAGACUCUUCGCUAUUUUUAAGAAACUCAUUCACCCACUCCCCAUCUGCUAUUAAAAUAUGCUGUGACUGUGUACUCUGACCUCUAACCUCCCAAUAGACUCAUCUGGACGCUACUGAAAAUUAACAGUGACGUUCGGAUCAGUCAGUCUUUUCCACAACAACGCGCGUGCCCCGCGCCCUUUUUGGCUUAGUUCUAAGUCACAUGACAGUGGCACUGAAUUAAACCUUUUCCCGCCAAAAGUUUCUGUUUCGGUCACAGUGCGAAAUAAGUGAUGUCUUCAAAGGGAAACAAAAAAAUGCACGUGAUUGCUACUGAAUUCGAUCCACUAUAUAGUUAAUUAACUAGUAAUAACCAAAGGUUAAUGGAGUGCUUGCUACAACGAUCAUAGGUCAAAAUCACUGUGCUUUGCAUAAGUUUCACACUAGAGAAAGUCAAGACACGCGUCAUCAGAUUACGAUCGAGUGAUAGAAGGUCCAAACGCGCGUGAUGAUAUUGCCUUCUGCGCAUUCCAUUCAUUCUUAGUGGAGGGGCAAACGAAUGCUGGCUACAUACAUGCGACACAUGCGUAAUAACAACCUCCUCUUGUCGCCUGCAAUGAGUCUGGUGUCUAUUCUCGUAAGCUGAAAAAAGCUCUAAAAAAAAUAACUUUCUGAAAGUUUUAUUUUCACAUAUAUUAUUCUAGAGCAAAGACAGCUGACCUUAUAACCGAUGCGCUGGAGUUUAUGUACACCCCAUGGCCUGACAGCAGCAAUGUUUACGCACUCCGAAGCCAACUUGUGAACGUUCUUAGUGAUUUAAUGUUCUUCGCACCAAGUCAUGAGGUCGCCGCCAUUCAAAGCCAAGUUUCUCCAGUUUACAUGUUCGAAUUUGCCCACCAUUCAAAGGUGAGUUUUGGAUCGGAGUGGAUGGGUGUGGUCCAUGCCAACAACAUUAUGUACGACUUUGGAGUCCCAUUACUUCCGAAUUCGCCAUUCAAUUACGACGCGGCCGACAGAAACGUGAGCUUGUUUAUCAUGGCCUUGUACGCAAACUUUGCCGGAACGGGUGAUCCGACACCACAACCAGUGAGCGGUGUUACGCUGGAGAAGUUUAACUCUAGCCACAGAACUUAUCUGAAGGUUCAAGUCAGUCCCAAGAUGGCGGCAUCGUUUUAUCCUCGAAGAAUGUCGUUUUGGAAUGACUAUUAUCCCAAACUGGAGCAAGUGAAGUUUGAUGAUGAGAAAAAGCACUCAAGCGGAGCUAGCGUUGGCGUCAGCUUGGGACUGUUUGUUUUUAUCAUAACAGUCCUUAUUAACUACCCCGUUCUUUAA